ACCGAAGACAACAACACUUCCUCUUUGUACCCGUCUCACUAUUCCCAUAUCGAAUCCGUAUUUCUACUUCUUCUGCCUCAUAGACUGCGAUUCAUUCCAUUUGAAGAGUAUGCUCUGUUUAUAGGACGUCAACAAAAAACAAUAAACAAGUUCCAGGUCAACAAGUCACGCAAAAGACAAAUCGCCACGACUCUCCCACAAUUGCGUCACGUUCGCGCACCGCACUUCAUAAUGACGCCCUCCGUGAAGUAUGGGCAGAUAAUUGAAUAUAUUCCAGACCGGCUCUAUCUAGCAUCCUUCACUUCUCCGCCGUCAGCAGAUACGCUCUUUCCAUACCCCGAUCCGGCGCCAUCCCGUCGUUCUCCGAGCAAGCGCUCUGCCCGAGCUGUGGAUGGUCCAUCUGCCGUUCUCUCAGAGCGAGAUCGUACUCCACCAUGCUACUUUUCAAUUGACGAUACCCUCCUAUACAAUGCUUUUCACCACGACUUUGGACCAUUACACAUUGGACACUUGUAUCGAUUUGCCGUUCAAUUCCAUGACAUCCUCGGUGCCCCCGAGAACAAGAGCCGACCCGUGGUAUUCUGGAGUAAGGCGGAUGCGCGGAGUCGAGCAAAUGCUGCCUGUCUGCUGGCUUCCUACAUGGUCCUGAUCCAAUCUUGGGCCCCCCACCUUGCUCUUGCCCCCAUCGCACAAGCCGAUCCACCUCUCAUGCCAUUUCGCGAUGCAGGAUACAGUCAAGCAGACUACGGAAUUACAGUACAAGAUGUGGUAUACGGUGUUUGGCGGGCAAAAGAGCAAGGAUUUUGCGCUCUGUCGCAAUUCGACCUGGAGGAGUAUGAACGAUACGAGAGAGUGGAUCAAGGAGAUUUCAACUGGUUAACUCCAGACUUUCUUGCAUUUGCAUCCCCACAACACACUCCCGUGGCACCAAUCUCGCCAACGUCUCCACUAUUUGCCACGUUACCAUCGACUCUGAAGGCAGUUGACGCUCACCCAACUCUUCCUGGUCCAUUCAAGAAUGUCCUCAAACAUUUCUCGGAGCGAAAUAUCGGCUUGGUGGUUCGAUUGAACUCCGAGUUGUACUCGCCUUCCUACUUCACUGCCCUAGGCAUCCAGCACUUGGACAUGAUUUUUGAUGAUGGAACAUGCCCGCCACUGAGUACUGUUCGAAAGUUCAUUACUUUGGCGCAUGAGAUGAUCACUGUGAAGAAGAGGGGUAUCGCUGUGCACUGCAAAGCCGGACUCGGCCGCACUGGUUGUUUGAUUGGCGCUUACUUGAUCUACCGCUAUGGAUUCACCGCCAACGAGAUCAUAGCCUACAUGCGUUUCAUGAGACCUGGCAUGGUUGUUGGUCCUCAACAGCACUGGCUUCACCUCAACCAAGGAACCUUCCGCGAGUGGUGGUUGGAGGAGCAAUUUGAGAUCAAGAUGAAGGAGAAGAUGGCGAGCAUGGCACCGCAUACCCCAACCAAGCUGUCCCAAAAACAGUAUCUUCUCAACAACCAGACCGCAACCCCUCCUAAUGGAAGUCGAAGGUCACCACUUGGUGAAGUUGAUAAUGAGCAACGUAACAGUAUUGGUGUCCAAGAGGAUUGCCUGCCGGCUCCUACGCCUGGCCAACCUCGAAAGACGAGCAGAGCAGUUGAUCGCCACCACCCUUACAGCCGCAAUAUUUCUUACAGCACAACUGAGGACGAGCACAUGCUACAAAGGGAGACUGAGAUGAUCUCAAUUCACCGCUCAUCAAACGAGGAUCCUGACGGCGAAGAUGAAAUUCAAUUUCGUAUGCGAACCAGUCGCAAGUCAUCUCGUUCUCCAACUGGUCGUAGCAUAAGCCAAACCACCACCACAAUCUACAGUUCCAUCGAUAACGAUAGCAGUAAUGAUAUCGAGAAUAUUGUUUCCGGUUCUCGGCCCAAGACUCCCGGUGCCAUGAAGUCAGGAAGCGGCUCAAGUACGCUCGCCAAAGUUCGUGGUAGCCCAAAGCGAAGCGGCGACAGCCUGCGAGGUAGCAAAGAGCCUGCUGGUGUGCGCAAGACCAGCGGGAGAGUUGGGAGCAUUAGCUCCUCUCGUAAGGUCUCUGGUCUGUAAAUGAGCCACUUGAAUUUUAUCGUGUUGGCAAGACUCACCAUACGUAUCCAUCAUGCUGUACUAUUUGUGCUUGCAUAAAACUGGCGUCUGUGGAAAGCAUAUGAAAACUGGGCGAGGUUGGCGUGGGCGUUUAAUCGAGGGAGUGACUGUGCUGUUGAUCUUUUGAUUCGUACUUGUCCUUGUUGAGUAUAUUGGGGGUUUGGGUCUGCUGCGUAUUUGUAUUUUUUUGCUUACCGGUACUCGAUGCUUACUUUUUUGCUGUUGUUGCUUGGAUCGUACGGAGUGUGGUUGGCCGGUUACUUGCUUUUUGGGAUGAUGACGAUGAGAUGAUGUGGAUGGAUAGUGGCUUGUGCUGCUAUUAGCAGGUGUGCUUGUUUACUUGUCUUUCUCGAGGGUCUUUUCGUGCUUGGGUCGGCUUCCGCCAUGGAUAAGCGGGCUACUUCUCGCUGUUAAUUCAUGAAUCAUGACCAGCAGAACAGUAUACAGAUGAUUAGAGAAUCAAUUUCACAGAAAAUAAAGAUUGCACAAUUUGCCAAUCCCCUAAAAUUGCGUCAAGCCUAACCCGGGAGGCUUGGAAUCAAUUCACAAUGACCGCAAUCAAGCCAAAGAAGAUCCUGU